UCCAAAGAGACCCAAGCAAUUACCAGGGCCCGAAAUGGAUCGGCUGGGGCUCAAAGGUUUUGUGCUGCCCGUGACGACUCGGCCAUGACGAUUCUGCCUGGUUCGGCCGCAAGUUCGUCAGAGCGGUUGCGUGGUAAUGGCAACUGAGAAGAGAGAAGGCGACGAGGAUAAGAAGAAGAAGAAGAAGAAGAAGGAAAAAAAGCAACGCCAUACUACAUCGUGGCGAAUACCCCCUGCGUCUCCAAGUCGGCCAGGCAUCGUCGCGUGGCUUCAACAAAGGGAGGAUGAUCCCUGAAUCUGACAAGAUGGUUGAAGACGAGACAGGGAAUAGGUAGUGUACCUCUCGAAUCUCUGGUCGUGGAAUAAGAAACCUGGAGUGGACGUUGCUUGGCCAGACUUGUCCAGACGCUGGCUAAUCCGACCGGCGGCAGGUUCGCAAACGAGACGAAUGGCGGCUUGGACGAGCUUCCAUGGCAAUACAAGAUAACCGUUGUGGCAUUAUGCGGAUGCACAGGUUGUGCGAGAAGUCCGGGUCGCGACGGCUUCUCCACCAAGCACCAAGACCCUUCCCCUCCCCGUUUAGAUAGACUCUCUCUCUUCGUCAGCCCAACCGCCAUUUGGCCAUCGAAAUCUUUGGCGGCGAGGCGUUUCUUAUUCCCACCGCCUCGAAUCAUGGUUAAAGACCCAGAUGCGCUCAUCUGGGCGGUAAGACCGCUUUCGAUACUGACACACCCUAUCUCUCCCGCUUUCUCAUCUCGCCCACCCCCCCCUUGGUCAACGCCAACCUAACCGUACUCAACCUUGCCAACCUCUCGACCUUUCUCGCUCUCUCCCCCUCUCCCUGUCUCUCUAUCCAACCAGGCAGGCUCUGGCAACCCCCCUCGUCAGGCGGUCCCCACCAGCCCGCAAGCAGUGUGAACGGGUGGUGCUAGACACGGCGGCCCCACAAACCGUCUUCCCAGACCCUGGACGGCGGCGGUAGGGCGGCUGCACUCGACGACUACCGCGUGGCCAUAUAUCGGCGGCCAUUGAUCGAUCCCCCCUUAGUGUGUCCUCCCAUCUCAUCAGCGGGUACCGAUGUGUCUUUCUCUCUCAAAUCAGAAAUGCAUCUCAGACAAUAACCUGAGAUGUUACAAGGGGAUUUUCCUGCGAGAUUUGAGACGGGUAUAUGUGCGUGUGUGUACAUAUGUCUCUGCGGGUUGAAGCGCAAGACCCAGAAGGGAUGUCCGUUCUGGCCGUUAUGCAUCGCAUAAUCAAUCACACCGACUUUGACUCGAGACGUUGAGGCAUUGCCGCCGUAGACCGUCAACCACGCCGCCGCAAACACAUAGGAGAAGACGCGGCGGGGAUGACAGGGCCAGUUAUGCCCUUUACGAAACGGCGAUGAGAAUGGCGACUGUCCACCACAACAAUCAGGGCAAACAUUAUUGCCCAGUUUGUCACAGGCGGAGGAGGAGGUAGGAGGGAAUGGGGCCAGGGGCAGCUAUUAUUACGGUUUCCAGAAUCUCGGGACGAAAGAAUGCUCCAACCGGGCCCUGACCAUCAUCUUCGAGUUGAGCUUGGGGGCGUCGACCACCCCUGAGGUGAUCCAAUCGUAAUCUCAUGUUGACCCAACAGCAAACGAGGCUCAUUCAGGGUUGUACGAAGCAAAGCAGAUAUGACAUGUCAUGCUAUAUGCCUGGCCAUGCCCUACUCUCAAGCUCUUUUGUUAGGCUCUCAGGCUUUCAAGCUCUCACCACUCACCACUCGCUCGCUCGCUCGCUCACUCACCUCACUCCGACACUGACGCUGACAUUCACUCUCUCUCUCUCUCGGUCUCACAACGUGUGUGUGGGUGGGUGGGUGGAUAGGUGCGGCGUCCAUCUCCACAUUAUACCCACACCUCCAGUAUCCCGAUCAAGUUCGCGCGGGUAUGGAUAACAGUACUUCGUUAUUCGUCUCUGCUACGUCCGGAAGACAGUGGGACUCGAAUCUUGGCCCCGGGCGACCACGACCUCACGCACCAGCUGUGACGCGCAGCUACGAUCUAAGACUAGCGGCCUCGGAGGAGAAUAUCGACUGUGCAGCAGGUCCCGAAUACCACCUGCACCCACCACAUACUCAUACUCACCUUUUCCAUUCUCACACAGGCACUGUCCUUCAUUACUCUGCCUAUGCACUGUCGUUUCGACUAUUGGACUGCCUUCAUUUCGACUGGGAAUUCGGGAACAACUCGCUCUGCACCACCUUUCUCUCUCCCUUGCGACUUGCGGGCGCCUCUCCUUCGAUGCCUCGCGCCUCACGCUUCCCUCCCCCCGUCUUACACUUCUUUCCUGCCAUCCGUCUCGCAUGCCUAGGCCCCAUCCCCGUCAUUCCCAAACAGGCCACGACCUUGUUUGCUGCAUAUCCCAUUCAUAAGCGGUGGCGCGAAGUAUUCGCAGAUGUGUGUGGGUGUGUGUGGGUGUGGUGUGUGUGGUUUUCUCGUAAGGAGAUACGUAUUUUCACAAUCGGAGAGAGAGAGAGAUAGAGAGUGAGAGCACGCAUCCUUCAAAGGUCUCUCCCCCAGAUGACGAACCAGGAUCAUGACCCUGGAGGAGGGGCAGACCAGCGCCAGCCCAGGCCUGACAGAAUUGGGCGACCUGCAGGAGGUACAUACCAGCAUAAGGUAUACACAUUUGGCUGCGUCUGCACAUUGCCUUCCCUGGUACCGAAGAAAAAUAAGAAACGGCUUUUCGCUGUCAGAAUGCCUCCAGGCGGAGCCCGAUCUCCCUGGCCAUGGGGCGACCUGGGUUGGAGCUGUAGACAUCAACCUGGUCAGCUUUUCUUCCUCACACACUCUCUUCCUCGACUUUCGGACACCCCCGUCCUGAACCAGGGUCCCGGCUCGUUUCUUUCCCAACCGUGUUGUCGUACAGCCAGACAGGCCACGCAGAAAUAAAGAAGGAGAGAAGGACAGAAAAAAGACUUAUAACAGAGACAGAGAUCCAUCGCGGACACGGGGGACUUGAUAACCAGGGUCUGACCCGUUGUCGAUGACUCGUCUUGUUUCUCUUCAUUCCCCAAUCAACCUACACACGCCUCUUGUCUUCGCCCCCUCCUGCUUUCAGAUCAGUCCUCAUCAGCGAUUCUUCAACGACAGAAGAAGGAUAUUCUCUCCCCUCCCCCAAGGUGCAGGGCCAACAUUUUCGUCCUUUCUUGUUUGGAGCACGUUCCAAAUUCACCAGACGCCUUUUUUUCUUCUGACCGUCUUUAUAAACUCCAACUACAACAUUUGGCACCAUGUUCGUCAGCUUGCAAGAACAACAACAGCAACAACAACAACAACAACACGUCAUGGACCAGACUCCUCCGCCUAUGAGAUACCACCAGGGCCGCGACGACGAGGUGCCGAGGGUGCUCCCCAGCCUCUCAUCAUUCACUUUUGACGACAGGAUGGAAGUCGACGCCCGAGGCAGCAGCAGGAGCAACAUCAGCAGCAGCAACGACACAAGGCCCGGCCAGCGGCACGAGGUUGAGGUGGCCACUACGCUCGCCUCCAUGGCCUCCUUCAACAUCAAGUCGCCCACCUUCCCUUCCCCCACCCAGAGCUUCACCUCGAUCAAGUCAGACGGCAUGACGAGGUCAACCAACUCUCAAUUCUCCUCGCCUGAACCUAGGUCACCAGACCUCCCUUCCGUCAACACCCAACUGUCCUUCUCCAAGGAUGGCGGCAAUGGCACGGCACCCAUGAUCACGCUGCCGCGUCUUCGCGACCUGGACCUCCGGCCCCUCGAGUCCGACUUCACCUCCAGCCCGAGCUUCCUGCCCCCGUCCUCCUCCUCUUCCAUCUCGGGCACGGGACUGCGGCGAAACAGCAUCGACUCCGUCGGCACUUCGUCCUUCACGGAACCCCGGAUCGACCUCUCCUCGCCCCCAGCCUACCGAAUCCCGCUGCCCCCAAUGCCCCCAAUGGCAUACCCGGACGCCCUUCCCUCCCCGACCCUCGGUGCCUCCCACCACCAUCACCACCAUCAUCACUCCCACUCUCAUGCUCACCACUCUCACCCCCUUUCCCCGCCCCGCCGCCUCCAGCACAGGUUACCAGUGACCGCCCUCCGCACCUCCAGCGGGGCCUGCAGCCCCUCCCGCCGGCCUCGCCGGUCGCCCACGGGGUCCCGAUGCAACGUGAAGUACACGAUCCAACAGGUCGACUUCAUCGACUACUUCCGCGUCGACCACCACCUCUCAUGGAAGGAGGUCGAAGCCAAGUACGCCUCCGUAUUUCCCGAGGACGCUGCAAAGGGACAUAAGCGUGGCCCGCAGGGACUGCAGGGCGUCUACUACCGCAAGAACAAGCAGAUCCCAGCCACAGACCCGAACAAUCUCUUGGUCUUUGACGAGGACGACAACCCCAAAACGUUCCAGUGUGACGUGCGCGAGCAGGGGAAGAAGAUGAACAACUCGAUCGGGUUGUUGGGCAUGCACCCCGAGCGCGCCAUUACCUACGCGUGGGUUUCCGAGGAGCACAAGAGGCAGUACGAGACGCUGGGCCUUGCAAGACAAGCCCAGCUCGACGCCGCCGAAGCACGGAAAAAGAGGAGACGGGCCAUCCAGAACAGCCGUCUCUGAUCCUUCCCCUUUCUGCCUUGGGCGGAUAUUCGUCACCGUCUUCAUCCUUUGAUUCACUUCUCCUCAUGAUAUCCAACCUUUUCAUUUGCAUCUUCAUCUUCCCAUUUUCUCCACGUCGUCCGUGGGGGGAGAUUAUACAGUUACGCUACAUUCCCAAGGCGCCAGUCGACAGGGAUAUCCGUCCAAAAACAGGAAUAUACAAAAAAUCAAUGGAGUUUUGCUUAUUUUUCUCUUCUCCGUUGUGUGGCAGAAGCAAAAACAUACGAGCAGUCUCACAAGAAAGAGAGAGAAAAAGAGAGGGAUGAUGGCGAGCACCAUGGUGUGUUUAAAAAUCGCUGAUGUACGAUGAUCAAGACAAUAUGUUUUUACGUGGAGUUAUCAGACAUGGGUGUGGAGGGAGUCCAGAAGGGUGGACAAACACAGUCUCGGCACAAACAAAGCAACAAAGGGGCGAACCGGUUUUGGAAGAAUCAUUCGGGUUUUUUUUCUCUUCGGUUUUUUUUCGUUUCUAUCUUUCUCUUUGUUACCUACGCUUCACUCAUUUUUCAGUUCUCUUCCUCUAAGCACCCCCUUGCAUCAGGGAGGGAAGCAGUAGGGCACGCUUUCUGGAACAGGUUCACUACGAAUUGGGAUGAUAUUUGGAAAUUACAGGACAUGGGAAUGGGACAAGGACGUGGUGAAUUAGGAGUUGACCCUUCUUUGUUUUCAGGACAAAUUGAUGGGGGUGAAGGGACAGGAAAGGAAGAUACCAACGGGGGCUUGGGCGUGUAGGGUGGGUGGUGGUGGGUGAGAUCUGCAGUCAACCACGACCAAUAAUAUACUUUUCAUCCCUCCAUUCUCCAUCAUUUCGUCUUAAGGGGGCUUGCAGGGACCUUGAUAUGUAUGAUU